UGAGAGUCCACCACCAGAGCAGCGUCUCACACAGUCCGGCUGCAGCAGAGGCAAAGCAACUCACUCACCUGGUGCUCCUCCAUUCGACAAGAAGGCGGCUCAUCUCACACAAGAAUUGGAUACCAAUAAAUAAGCUAAUUUUUCCGAAAUAUACGUCACUAUUUCGCCAGUAGAAAUGAGUGGUCCGAGUCCUCGCAAGAUGAAGAAGUUGGAGGAGGAGGUAGGAGAGGAAGAAGGUGGCGACGAGUUGGACGAAAAUAUUCGUCAAGCUCUCACCGACAUUGACGACGCACAAAGAGAACUCGACAGUUUGAACGAAAAGGCGUCCAAGGAGAUCCUCCAAGUGGAGACAAAGUACAACAAAUUACGAAAACCGUUUUACGACAAGCGAGCCACGAUAAUCGAGCGCAUUCCCAAUUUUUGGGUGAACGCCGUUAUUAACCAUCCACAAAUCUCCAUGCUUAUUGAUGAAGAGGAGGAAGAUUGUCUUCACUUUUUGAAUAAGCUGGAAGUUGAAGAGUUUGAAAAUGUCGAAAAUGGCUUCAGGAUCAAAUUCAUCUUUGAUGAAAAUCCUUUCUUUGAAAACACAGAAUUGGUUAAAGAAUUCCAGCUUGGUCCUAACACUGAGCCGAAAUCAACUAGUACGGUUAUUCAGUGGAAAGAGAAUAUGGACUUGUCUAAAAAACAGAAGGAAAUCAUUAUGCAGCGAAGAAAGAGGGGUCUGGAUGUCAAAACAUUCUUUUCUUGGUUUAGCGAUAAUACUGACCCAGCUGCUGAUGACAUCGCUGAGGUCAUUAAGGAUGACUUGUGGCCUAACCCAUUGCAGUACUAUUUGACACCAGACGGUGAUGAAAACGACGAUGAUGAUGGUGAGGAAGGCGAAGACGGAGAUGAAGAUGCUGUUGUAAUGGAAGAGGAAGAAAUUGAAGAAGAAGAGGCCGGUUCUGGCGAUGAAGGCGCUGGUGAAGAAGGAGAAGAGGGUGGUGAAAAUGGAGAAGGUGACGAUGAAGAAGCAGAGGAGGAAGAUGACGACCAAUAAGUUAAACUUAAUUUUACCAAAUAGUUGAUCGGUCAGUCUGUGUGUCUGUAACAUACCAUGUGUAAAAAAACGACACAAUUAACAUAGAUGGAUAAACUUCCUCUCAACAUGAUAGAAAAGAUCAGCUAUUUAAAUUUAUUACAUACAGUCCUCAAUUUCUUUUCUUCAUUUAGUUUCUAGUUUUAUAUUAUAUUCGUCUUUAUUAAUUAUCACGGUUAAAUAAUAUUUCUAAAUGAGAUCCAUACUAUCAAAAUCACUUAUUACUUAUAUGUAUGAUAUACUCCAUUUGCGCAUAACGCAACAUAAUCAACAGGAUAAAGUAUGACUAGUUUUUUUUUCUUUAUGCAAUUAAAUUAAUUUUUUGGUUAAUCAUUUUGAUUUGUAUUUUAUAAUUAGUGACAUUUUGCAUUCGAAUGUUACAUCAUAUUCAAAUGUUCAUUUGUUAUUUUUCAACCUAGAGGAGGAUCAGGUCCACCUUCAGAGUCGUGUUUAUUGGUACAAAGUUUUGAUUGACGCGAGUUUAUUAAACCAUACGUCGUAAAAGGAGGCAGAGUGGAAGGGUCUGGACUAUAAUUUCACCACUUCUCCCUCCAAUGUAACCUGAUAAAUAAGAUCUUUAGAUUAAAUUGACAUGUAGGCAGGUGUUUUGCAUGUAUGUACUACUGAUUGUUAUUGUUGUGUAACUAUAAAAUAGUACACGUGCCACCAUAAUAUACAUAUAUAUAUAUACAUAAAUAUAUAUAUUAUUAUUAUUAUAACGUACGAUUAUUUGAACCUUAGUUUCGAUUACAAAUUUAUGUCUAAAUCGCUUUUUUUUGUGGGGCACUGUUUUAUAAUUAAAUUUUGAAUUUCAUUUUGGAA